AUGAAUUUAAUAAAAGAAGAUGAAAGUAUUACUAAUGGAGUAAUUCCAAAAACUGCAAUAGCUAAGUCUGUAAUGAUAGGUUUUGAUUCCAUGGCAAGUGAAAUCAGAGAUACUUUGGAGAACCAAAUUCGAAUAAUUGAGAAAAAUAUUAAAGUGGAAAUUGAGAGACUGGAGCAUGAUAGAAAGUGCUUGGACGAAGAGAGACAACGCCUUUACUCUGAGAUUGAAAGUAUGAAAAAGACUGAAUAUUAUAGAAUUCAAAUGCUAGAGAAGAAGGCUGAAACUGAUAUAAUUCAAUCUAGAAAAGCUAUUCAAAGAGAAAAACAAGAAAUGCAGAGACAGCUGAUGGAAGAAAAGGAUGAUUUCCAGAGAACACAACAAGAAAUGGCUAAUUAUUGGUCAAUGAAGGAAUAUGACUUAGCUCAAGAAAAGGCUAAAAUCGAACAGGAUAAAACAAAACUCAUUGAUAUUGCAAUAUCAUCUCAAUCUAGUGUACAAAUCAAUGUAGGGGGAACUAUCUUUGAAGUAUCUAGAAAACUAUUAACAGAGAAGAUGUCUAAGGGCAGUUUAUUAGAUAGAGUAUAUUCUGGUCAAACAUACAAUAUAGAGAUGAAAUAUGAUAAAAAUGAGAAUAUUUUCUUUGAUAGAGAUCCUGAAAUAUUUAAAACUAUAUUAAGAUUUCUUCGUGAUAGUAGUGGAUUACCUCCUUUACCCUCGGAUCCACAAGCAAGUUUAGAUUUAAUGAAAGAAAUGUCCUACUAUGGAUUAAGAUUUUAUGAAAAUUCCUUAGUUUAUGUAUUUGGGGGAACAAAUGGUGAAGAUAUUUUAAAUACAGCUGAGUUACUAGUAAUUAGAAGUCAUGACGAUGAGGACCUUUGCUGGAGCCGUACGAAAUCCAUGAAUACUUCUAGAAUGUAUUCUUGUGCAGCUAUUAUUGAACAAAGUAAUUGCUGUGUUUUUGGUGGUUAUAACUCCUCUAACAAAGUUUUGGGCUGUAUGGAAAUAUAUGAUCCACUCAUAAAUAGUUGGAGACAAGGAGCCACACUAAAAACUGCAAGAAGAAAUAUGGCUGGAACUAAUUUCCAUGAUGGGAGAAUAAUCGCAGCUGGAGGCUUUGAUGGAAGUAAAAUUUUAAAGAGUGUUGAAAUCUAUGACUAUAGAAUGAGACAUUGGGUACAAGGUCCUUCUUUAAAUACUGCUAGGUCAUCUGCUUCUUGUGUAAUGUUGGAUGAUCAUAGAUUGGUGAUACUUGGAGGAACAAAUGGUGAACGGUUACAAUCUAUAGAAAUUUUUGAUGUUAGAAGAAAUAAAUGGGACCUUCUUUCUUCUCUAGAGCUUAUAGAUGUUAGAUCAGGAUCUAUAGCUUGUAAUAUACAUGGAAAGAUUGGAAUUUGGGGUGGUAUUGAUCCAUUUCAUAAUAUCAUAGAUUCAGGGGAGUUGGUUAAUAUUGGAUACUCUAAAGAUCACUCAUCAACUUAUAUAAAGCCUUUUGAAGUUCCAUUAAUGGAUGCUCAAAUAGUUGAAUUUAAGUUUAAGCAAUAUUCAGCACUUGCUACAGGGGGACAGUCUUGUGACAGUACUUUAAUUGCAAGCUACUUCUAUAAUGCUCAACAAGAUAUGUGGACCCAAGGUCCAAACAUGAAUUCUGCAAGAUCAGGACAUUCUAUAAUUUCUCUAAAUAUAUAA